CGGGGCCGGGCGGCGGCGUGAGGGGCUCCGCGGGGCCGGGCGGCGGCGUGAGGGGCUCCGCGGGGCUCCGGCAGCGCCGCCGGCCCUGCGGGCACCGGCGGGACGGCGAGCGCCGGCUGCCUUCCCCGAGGCCGACGUUGAGCCGCGUUUCUCUUCGCUUCGCUGUCUCCGGAGCUUCCCCCCCUCGCUUCCCGGCCUGCCGCCUGCCCUGCCCGGCUCUCCCCUGCCGCGGCCCGUGGCUGUGCUGUCCCGGGAGCUUGCCCCUGUGGAGGCACGGGAGGCGUUUGCUGCGGUGUCGUCCCCCAGCUGAAAGGAGCUGUAAGCAAACGCACAGGGCCACAACUUUAAAGGACGAGAAGUGGGGGAAGAAAGAGCCAGCAGUCUCAGCAUCUGUAAUCAAGUUUUCUUCUUUCUAAAAUAGUUGUUUUUGUGCUGGGAUGGGUAACCCGGUGUCUUUGCAGUGACUCGAAAUAGUUUGGACUUAUGUAAACUGGAAGAUGUGGAGUGGGCUGUUACCUCCAGGACUGAAUGAAAGUGAUGUUGAUCUAAGUUCUGAUGAUGGAGACGAAUCACCUGAUUCCUGUUCAAAGCAAGACACAAAAGAAGAUACUGAAAGAGUUCAGGGGACUGGACAGGAAAGUAAUGCCAGCAGUGAACCUCUUCUGCCGGUGACAGAUGAAGAAAGUGAAUCUCAAACGUGCCCUCUGGGAGUUUCUGUGAAUAUCUGGAAUAAGUUUGUGGAGCUUCAGAAGAAACACCGUGAAAUGAAAAUGCAAGUGAAAGAGGAAAACAGGUGCCGAAAAAGAAAGCGCCGCCGAAAAGCAAAACAGAGAAAGACUGAUGAAGUGGCUAAAAGUAGUCAGCAGUUGGAAAAUGAAGAGAAAUGGAAAGAACUUACACAAUACUUUGGAAUCAACGAUAGAUUUGAAUCACCUGUGAACAGCAGGGCUCCACAAAAGUCUGGCCUUGAACUGAGCAUAGAGAAGUGUGUGGCUGAAGGUGACAUUGCCAAGGCUGAGGAGCUGAGUGACAGAUUAGCCAUUCGUGAGCUUGGUGUGAAAAUUGCCAAAGCUGCCGCUUGCCGCAACUUUGUAAAAGCCAAGCAAGAAGCAGAGGCUGCCCAAGAAGCUCAAAAGAAAAAGAAGCUUGCUUGGGGAUUUGAAGCCAAGAAAAGAUGGGAAACAAAAAGCAACAUGGGAUACAUGUAGCCCAUCCUAUUUUCCUCAGGAGUCAAAUACCUGUUGUUACUUGAAGAAUUUUGGUGGACAAUUUAUUAAAUCUAAACAUAAACCCCCCAAAACAAAACACAUCAAAUGCCUGGUAUUUAUCCUAAUGCUUUUAAACUGCACUACCUUGUUUUGUCACUGUCUUAUAAAUAAUACAGAAAAAAUACAAUCUGAACGUCAGUACUGUGUUAAAUUUUCCUCCUGGAUAUGAAACCUAAAGAUAAUGCAUUUCAGGUUGAAUUUGGAGUCUGGUAGAGAAUUCUCUGAAGUCGAAAUAAAAUCUUUGGUCCAAAUGUGUUUUGUGCUGUACUGCAAUUAUAAUGUGUGGGCAUAAGGAGAGAGGGGUGUGUUGCUUCUGAUGCUACAUAGACUUAAUGCAGUGUUUUCUGCUUGUAAAUUGGGGGAAGACACUAAAUAAAGAGCAAACCCAACUUAUCUUUUUGAAACCAAGGAUAUUUAUAGCCUUAAUAAAUAUAAACACACACACAAAAAAAAAGCCUAAAAGUCAUGGAAGGAUCUAGUACUAUUGGUCAUAUCCUGGUUCUUCAUAAUAUUUCAGAUUGCCAGUUUUCUUUCCUUCCUAAUAACACAGGUUUUAAAAGUCCCAGAUAAAAAUAUAUAAAUACAUAUCUUGGAAAAAUAUCUGAACUGUUACGUUGUAAAGUUAACUGCACCCAAGAUACAAAUGUAGAUUUUACUCCAAGUCAAAUGUUUUACAGAUCAAUUAUGAUUUGAAUGUUUAUGUUAUAAGAUUAUAACAAGAAUUGAUGAUAAUAUUUCUUCAAAAUUAUUCUCAGUGAAAAGUAAGUACACAUUCAAAACUAAUAACUUUCUUCCCUGAAGCUCUUGCAUAUAUGUUUAGUUACCACAAUGCCUGAAUUGAAUUGGUAAUGUAAAUGUCAGUUAUUGUUAACCAAGAUUAAUAUGUUUCAGGCCAAAGGUAUGGUAUUAGUGUAAUGGUGAUUUACUGUGUAAGUACUUGGGGCUAAAACAACUUGCCAACAAAUAGCAAUUUGAAGUUUUACGGCAGCAAUUCGAAGAGUUCAGGUUUGCAGUCCAAGAUGGAAUAGUGCAUUUUUGUUCAUUAGCCCUUAGGAUAUUUGAUUCUUUUUUUUUAAAUCGUAUUUCUUUCGCACAGAUGAGAGUUUGCAAUAUGGUAAUCUGCAGUUAGCUGUAAUUAGUUAUGAUGACAGAGUUGAAUACAAUUGCCAGGAUUGUAAAUUAGGGGCUGAUUUGGUUUCUGCAAUAUAACAUCAUAAAUCUCACACUAUGGUUUACAAACUACUUUGCUUUGCAAACUUUUGUGUGGAAGGAAGCAAGUGCUAUCUCUAGUGAAGUGAUUGUAAAGGUGAAUUGCAUGUUUGCACGUGUAUACACACAGGUUACACCAUGACCCUACAUCAGGAUCUUUCCGUUCCAAAUGUUCCUGUCCAGAAGUUACAGGCAAUUGGUCCAUAAUUGCUGUGGGUUUUCUUAAGGAUCUGAAAGAUGGGUUAGAUACAGUUGACCUUUGUUAUGUACUGAAAAAUAGAAUGAUAAUUAAUGCCAAACACACCAGCAGCAUUCCAUUAAACUUUUUAAAGUAUCAUUUAUUAAAUAAGCUAUUUUCUCUUUUGCAGUAAUUGCUCUUAAGAUUAACAGUAUUUGUCAAAUCAAGAUCGUGAUCUAAUUUCAAGGAUCAGUGUUCUUUUUUUUGAAAAUGUGCUUUAACAGAAACCCAAGCCCUCAAAAAACAGCUAUUGCCCAGCUACCUGUAAUAUUUUAGAUUAAAUCAAUUAGUUUUAUGUUAGGCCAUUCAAAAUGGAACUGUUUAGGUAGUAUGCAGAAUAUUUGCAUCGGGUCACUUGUGUGAUUAAUUUAAAAAUGACCACAUUUCAAACCUUUUUAUCCACCUAAAAUGUUUGCUUAAAAUAUUAGUUGAUUUCCACAUUCCAAAAUCUCUUAACAGGGAAAAUACAAAGGCUUAAUACAGCUUUAUAGAGUUAAUAUAAAUACAUAAGAAAUAGAUUAAUAGAGAACUGUAUCUUUAAUAAUCUUCCUAAAUUGCUGGUCUGUUUUUAAAUGUCUUGCAUUGUGCUGGCACCUCUUUUUUUUUUGAGUUGUUUUGAUCUGUGAUGUAAAUUUUGUCCAAGCAAGUAGAAGUGUAUUCUGAGACUUAAUGUUUCCUGUUUAACAGUGUUAAACCAAUCCAAAUGCUUGUUUUAGUUAACUGAAAGUUUUUUAAUCAGCUUAAAUAUACAACUUCUUACACUGAUCUAAAUUUGAGAUGUAAUAAUAAUUCUUUUAGCAGAUGAAAAGUUUGCACUAUCUCCUUGUUUAACUGAAAUUACUGAUCUAGAGAAAUGUACUUAAAUUAUAAGUAUCAGUACCAAUCUGUUGUGAUGCCAGAUAUUUAUUAAAAGUUCAUUUGAUGCUA